AUGAGGUUUAUGCUUCAGGCUGAAAAUUGUCUUAAUAUUACCCUUGGGGAGGAACAACAGCUGCACGCCCGCCGAACCGCAGCAACGGCCGACUACCACAAGCGACUUGGUAUGGGAUCAGCUAUGAUCAUCAACUCCUGCACUGAAGAGGUUCAACAGGAUAUUUGUCACCUCAAUAAUCCAGUUGAGAUGUGGGAGGAACUCUUCAGCAAAACCAAGCGCCGCGGGUGA